AUGGGCUUAAACAAGUUUAAAGCUUCAAAUGGAUGGUUAGAAAAAUUCAAGCAGAGGCAUGAAUUAAAAUUCCGAACAUUGUCAGGCGAAUCCGCAUCUGCUGAUCAUGCGAUAAUUUUGAAUUUUUUAUCAGAAUUAAAUAUUAAAGUUGAACAAUAUGGAAAGGAGAACAUUUUUAAUUGUGACGAAACUUCUCUUUUUAUCAAACUUACCCCACGUAAAUCAUUCGUGAAAACUGGUGAUUCGGCACGGGGCUUUAAAAGGAACGACCAGGAUUUGUUUAUAGAGUCUUUAUCCAAAUUAAAUUUGCGGCAAGUGGUAACAAUAAUCUCAGAUGCUUGGAAUAAUGUAUCUGCGGAUAUUAUUUAUAACUGCUGGCAAAAGGUUUUUCGACAAUCUCCAUCAGACUCGAGUUGCAUAAAUGAAUCAUCUGAAUAA